AUGAAUGCUGUUCAGAUAGGUGACAUCUCACUUGUGAAGCUCUUAAUCGAAAAUGGUGCAGAAAUAGAAGAGAAGAACGACUUAGGACAAACUUCAAUGCAUAUUGCCGCGGCAGAUGGGAAAGCUGAGCUAGUGGAACUAUUGCUUAAGGAAGGUGGAUUGAUUGAAGAAAAGAAUGAUAUGGGAAGGGCACCACUACAUAUUGCCGUAUUGAGCGGCAAUUUGAACAUGACAAAGAUAUUGUUGGAUGCUGGCGCCAAAGUCGAGGCUGUAGAUAACAAGAAAUCUACACCCUUGCAUUACGCCGCAGAUUUUGGAAAAGAGCGAAUUAUAAGAUUGUUGCUAGACAAAAUGGCAGACAGGAGAAUAGAUAUAGAUACAGUGGACGGUCAAGGGAAAACAGCUCUUUUUCGGGCAGCGAGCAACGGACACAAAUUAGCCGUGGCAAUGUUACUUGAAACUGGGGCAGCGAGCUCUGGUACGGAGACUUCCCAUCCAAUCGACCGUCGAAAAGGUACGGCGCUGGAAGGCGCCGUCGUAAAUGGUCACGCAGGAGUAGUGAACUUGUUACUGUGUACUAGCUAUCAGUAUAUUAAGCCAGUCUCUCGAUUUCCGAAAAACGUUCUCGGAGCCGACAUAAAAGAGGGUCAUCAAGACACUUCAACGAAGACUACAGCCCAUGAUACUCAUGUUGAUGAAGGCGUAUACAAUACUCAGGUUGAUGAUAGAGUAUACAACAAGUGGGUUUUGACGAAUCUGCUAAAUAUCGCUAUGGAAGCACCAAAGAUUUCACCUAUAAUUGUACAAAAUCUAGUAGCUGCUGGAGCUGAUAUUAAUUAUGGGAAGAGACCGGGACUGAGUGACCCCUUAACUCAUUUACAAGAAGCCGCUAAUCGUGGUGAUGACAAAGCCGUUGACGUUUUGUUAGCUGUGGGUGCUGACACUAAUACCAAACAGACCGCUCACUAUCCAGAGGCGUUACAAAUUGCCGCAGAAAGCAAUCGCGAAUCAAUCGUCAAGAAGCUAUUGGCUGCUGGCGCAGAUCCCAAUGCUAUCGUAUCUGAUGAACGAUGGCCUCGUGGGCACUCGGGCGCGAGAAGCGCAUUACAAGCUGCUCAGAACCGUGGCCAUCAAAAUAUUGUCGGUAUUCUAACCGCUGCUGGAGCGCUUAGAUAG